AUGGUCUUCUUCAAAGACCUCUCCAGCGGUUCCUCCUCCGGCGUCGACUCCUUCACCACUCGGGGGUAUGGAUGGUGGCCGCGGGGGAUUGAAUGGAUUAAUAUUAAUAUUUAUGUUGCUAUUGAUUCUGAGCAAAACAAAGCGGGUGCUGGUAUCUCGCGUGACUCCAUGCACAAGCGCCGGGCCACCGGUGGGAAGCAGAAGGCUUGGAGGAAGAAGCGAAAGUAUGAGCUCGGCCGCCAGCCAGCCAACACUAAGCUUUCAAGCAACAAGACAGUGAGGAGGGUCCGUGUUCGCGGAGGUAACGUGAAGUGGAGGGCUCUCCGUCUUGACACUGGUAACUUCUCAUGGGGUAGUGAGGCUGUGACCCGCAAGACCCGUCUCCUGGAUGUGGUUUACAAUUCGUCAAACAAUGAGCUUGUGAGGACUCAGACCCUUGUCAAGAAUGCCAUUGUGCAAGUUGAUGCUGCCCCCUUCAAGCAGUGGUACCUGACUCAUUAUGGAGUCGAAAUCGGUAGGAAGAAGAAAGCUGCUGCAGCUGCCAAGAAGGAACCUGCUGAGGGGCAAGAGGCUGAGGUUGCUGCUGCUGCCACAGAGGAAGCAAAGAAGAGCAACAAUGUCCAGAGGAAGCUUGAGAAGCGCCAGCAGGGACGUACACUGGACUCGCACAUUGAGGAGCAGUUCAGUGGUGGAAGGCUGCUGGCCUGCAUUUCGUCUCGCCCUGGACAGUGUGGCAGAGCUGAUGGGUACAUCCUGGAGGGCAAGGAGCUGGAGUUCUACAUGAGGAAGCUCCAGAAGAAGAAGGGCAAGGGUGCCACAGCUUAG